AUGGCUUCCAUCCCCAAGACCAUGAAAGGAGUUCUCAUUGAGAAGACCGGCGGAGUAGAAGUCCUGCAAUAUAAAACCGACCUUCCAGUCCCAACCCCCAAAGAAGGAGAAGUGCUCGUAAAGAACGAUUUCAUAGGCAUAAACUACAUCGACACCUAUUUCCGCACCGGCCUCUAUCCAGCCCCCAAACCCGAAAUCCUAGGCCGCGAAGCAGAAGGCACAAUCCUCUCCACCGGCCCCAGCGGCAAUCUCUACAACCUCAAGCCCAACGACCGCGUCGUCUGGCUCGGCACCAGCGCCUACGCUGAAUACUCCGCCGUGCCCGCCUCCAAAACCGUGCUCAUCCCCUCCGCGCUCCCCGCAGGAAUUGCAGCUGCCUCCCUGCUACAGGGCCUCACGGCUCUUACCAUGAUCCGGGAAUCCUACCACGUGCAAAAAGGCGAGUGGAUUUUGGUGCACGCCGCUGCGGGGGGUGUGGGGUUGUGGUUGUGUCAGUUAUUGAGGGCAGUUGGUGCUAGGACGAUAGGCACGGCUAGCACGGCGGAGAAGUUGGAGUUGGCCAAGGCGAAUGGCGCAGAGGUGGUGAUUAAUUAUAAGACGGAGACGGAUUUUGUGGGGAGGAUUAAGGAGAUUACUGGAGGAGACGGGGUCAAGGCUGUUUUUGAUAGUACGGGGAAGGAUCAGUUUGAGAAUGAUUUGGAGGUUGUGGCGAGGAAGGGGACGAUUGUCAGUUUUGGAAAUUCGUCUGGUGCCGUACCACCCUUUUCGAUUUCGAGACUGACUGCGAAGAAUAUCAAGCUUUUGAGGCCGGGGCUGUUUCACUAUAUUGCUACGAGAGAGGAGUAUGAGGGGUACUGUGCUGAGCUUUUUGACUUCAUUAUCAAGGAUAAGCUGAACACUAGGAUUCAUGAGACGUAUCCGCUCGCGGAUAUUGCGAGGGCACAUACUGAUUUGGAGGGACGAAAGACCACUGGCAAGCUGUUGCUGAAGCCGUAG